CGCGGUCACGUGACUCCUCUGUUUACAGGCAUCCGGAGAAACAUGGAGGACACCGCUGGCAGUAAUCCCCAAUCUCUCGGAUUUACAGAGAAAUUAAAGUCUUGGCUCUCUUGGUCAUGGACCUACGUGUGCUUCAUUUGGUUCGGCAUGGUGUUGAUCAUGAUAUACGUCCUGUGGAGCCCGCUGAAACUGCAGGAAUCUCUCACCUCAGCCUCGGUGUUUUUGAAUACACUGACCCCCAAAUUCUAUGUGGCUCUCACCGGAACCUCUUCUCUAAUCUCUGGACUCAUCCUUAUAUUUGAGUGGUGGUAUUUUCGUAAAUACGGGACCUCGUUCAUUGAACAAGUGUCAGUGAGCCACCUGCGUCCUCUUCUGGGCGGAGUGGAGAGCAGCUCCGCCACCGGUCUGUUCGCGUCGGUUAACGGAGAGGCAGAGCCUCGGCCCAGUGUGUCAGAGUGUAAGGUCUGGAGGAACCCUUUGAAUCUGUUCAGAGGAGCAGAAUACAACAGGUACACCUGGGUAACCGGGAAGGAACCCUUGACAUACUAUGAUAUGAACCUGUCAGCUCAAGACCAUCAGACCUUCUUCACAGGAGACACUCCACAGUUGAAACCAGAAGAUACUGUGAUGCAGAAAGCCUGGAGGGAGAGAAAUCCUCAAGCCAGGAUCAGAGCAGCUUAUCAGGCCAUAGAAAUGAACCAGGAAUGUGCUGCAGCCUACGUGCUUUUAGCAGAGGAGGAAGCCACAACCAUCACAGAAGCUGAGCGCCUCUUCAAAAAAGCCCUUAGUAUUGCUGGGAAAGACAUCAACUUGCUGGUGUACAUUAAACGCAGACUGGCAAUGUGUGCGCGCAAGCUGGGUCGGAUUAAAGAAGCUGUGAAAAUGAUGAGAGAUUUAAUGAAGGAGUUCCCACUUCUGGGAAUGUUAAAUAUACACGAAAACCUCUUGGAGGCCCUUCUAGAGCUUCAGGCAUAUGCCGAUGUCCAAGCGGUCCUCGCCAAAUAUGAUGACAUCAGCUUGCCAAAAUCAGCCACUAUAUGCUACACAUCUGCACUGUUGAAAGCGCGGGCUGUAUCAGAUAAGUUCUCGCCAGAGGCCGCGUCUCGGCGAGGGCUGAGCACGGCGGAGAUGAAUGCUGUGGAGGCCAUACACAGAGCCGUCGAGUUCAAUCCACACGUGCCAAAGUACUUAUUAGAGAUGAAGAGCCUGAUCCUCCCUCCGGAGCACAUCUUGAAGAGGGGCGACAGCGAGGCCGUGGCGUACGCGUUCUUCCACCUGCAGCACUGGAAGAGGGCAGAGGGCGCCUUGAACCUCCUGCACUGCACCUGGGAGGGCACCUUCCGGAUAAUUCCCUACCCUCUGGAGAAGGGUCACCUGUUUUACCCCUACCCAGGGUGCACAGAAACAGCAGACAGGGAACUACUGCCCUCAUUCCACGAGGUGUCUGUGUACCCGAAGAAAGAGCUUCCCUUCUUCAUCCUCUUCACAGCAGGCCUUUGCUCCUUCACUGCCAUGCUGGCCAUGCUCACGCAUCAGUUCCCCGAGCUCAUGGGUGUCUUCGCCAAAGCGUUCUUCAGCACACUCUUUGCGCCCCUGGGUUUCUUCGCAGACAAGAUGGAAAGCUUCAUGCCGUCCAGCUUUUGGCACCAGCUGACUCGAAUCUGACCCCAUCCCACACACACACACACACACACACACACACACACCAAUACCACUCCAAACCCUCAGACAAAAAGUGUUUGCUCUCCUGUCUUCAGCAUUACUGUCCACUUGCUGCAUUGUUACUGAUUACGUUGGCCGAGGUUGUGUCAACACGGCGAAGCCACUCUUGAGACGCCCUCCCACGCGGUUCCAUCGGGCCAGUUUUUCCAAGAGCACAUUUAGCGAAAACCUUCUGCAUCCAUUCCCGAGGGUUUCGUCGGUCAUGGCGUUGGGAUCGGAGGUAUCCCACAAUGCCUUGCUGCAGACUUCUGGUGCACAAAUUAUAAUUGGGAGUUGGUGGGAGGCACUCGUCUGUUCCAUCACAAUAAUGAACAAGUCAUGGGGUGAAAAGGAGCCAUCACGGCUUGUUUUUAAUACGCUGUCUGGUCAGAUGAGUUUUUAACCGGUGUGUUACUGACACCAGCAAAGUACACAGAAAUAACAGCAUGUACAGUGAGGACGUCCCUUUGUAGAAAACGUUUACCGAUUUGAUCAUAUUGCCCUUACCCUGCUCGACUAUUUAUUUCAUAGCACACAAAGAUCCCAUUGGAUCUUCGGGACAGGACCCCGUGCACCACAGACCUCCGAUGGGGCCCGGUUUGAUCGCCUGCUAGGCCUCCCGAAAACAGAGCUGUGAUUUACAGCCGCCAAGUGCCUGCAGUGUGUACACAACGCCUCCGCACUCCGGCAGCUGUUACCAUGGGACGACACCUCCGGCGCUGCGUCGCUGUGGCAACCGUCACCGCGGCUGGCGCGGGGAGUGUAAAUUGCUCGUCACCGUUGCUUUGUCCCGUCGGGUCGGGCGAAUAUCAAACGAAGCGCGCGCUGAAGUGGUCGCACCACGCCGCGCGAUACUUGAAACGACGUUAGUUCUGAGUUCAAAUGCGCUGAGCCACUUCCACCAAGUUACUGUUAUUGAACUGUUGUGCGUACACACUCGCUGUGCGCCUGUUCAUUUGAGCCAGAAAUUGUACAUGACUCGAUUCUUCUGUAUCUGGUUCGGUUGUGACUUAAAAAGGUCGACUUUGAUCUCUGUUUUAUCACGCGUGAAAUGUUGUAAAAGUUUAAUGUAAGAACUUGUCAGAAACAAAUGUGCCUGGUUACAAAUUGUGAAAAUAGCCUGUAAAUGUAAUACGUGAUCAUAUUAUUGAAAAAAAGUAAACAUUCACUGUAGCACCACUUGGAUGUGAAUGAUAAAAUACACCAUCUCAAAUAUGUUUAUUACAUUAACAGGUCUAUCACAUUUUAAGCCGACAUGUUUAUUUUAUCAAGUUAUGUUACCUGAUAGUUAUUACAUUAUCGUUACAACAUUAUCAUUAGAACAAGUGACAUCUUACUUACACCCGCUAUGAAACACGUGAUGAUAAAGUGCCUUUUAUGGUUUAACUAUCGUGUCAUUUGCUGCACCUUCAGCAUCGAUGUGGAGUGUCAGCGCUGUUAACUUUUGAUGGAUUCAACUUGGUGAAUAGAUGGCUUUAAAUGUGACGUGUGAAUGAAUUGUUGAUGGUCCAGUGAUCAGCAUCGUUCGGUGCAGCGGUCAAGUAGCGUCGGGGAAACAUACUUGAAACGUGUAAAAGCGGAAAAGGGCGAGCUGGUGAUGAUUUAAUAUUGACGCACAGCGGUGCAAAGUUGACUUGAAUAACCCGUGUCUGCUCUGAACCACAAAGAUCUGUCCGUUUUUAAAUUUGUGACACUGGAAAUGUGACCUUUUAUAGUGAUCAAUGGAAAUGUAAGAGAAAACGCUGAAGACAGGAGAUUGUUUGAGAAAUUAAGUAACUACCCCUGGAUGAGUUUUAAAAGCAAAACUCACAAUAAAUUUCUCUCUCAGUGAAAAUUCCUCCUGUUUUGAUUGCCGACGUUCCGUUUACUGUUUUAAAAAUGCUUAAAAAGAUUGUCUUCUACUGAAUAAAUGUGUAGAUAAUGAUUACAUUAGUCUCACGACCUAAUUUCAAAAUAACGUUGGAGACGUAAUUAAACUCGUACCUAAAGAAUAAUCCCGUGUGUGUUGAUGG